CAAGUUUGUAAUACUCAAAUAUGUCAAUCAGGAAAAAAUAAUACACACGGCGUCAAUAACAAAGCUAGUAUGGUCUACGUACAUGUCUGUCUGUGUAUUGAGGGAAUUCAGGUCAUUCGGAUUGGUUUCGGUUAUACAGAUACUGCCAGUUCACAAUUCUGGUAAGCCAACAAGGAGAGUGUUGCCUGUAUUGGAAAGGUUUUCCGUUCCUGUUUUCGAUGCAGUAUGCAGCGUAAUAUCUGGUUAUAACACAUCGGAUAACUCCCGAUUAUGUCGACUGAAGAACACGGAGAGGCGAAAUGUGGGUGCUGUUUUGAAUUGCUUGUUGAGCCAACUACAUUGGUGUGUGGACAUACGUUUUGUAGACACUGUCUCGCCAAGUGGACUGUCACCAGUGGGCGGCGACUUUGUCCAACCUGUAAAUCCGAAUGGAGAGGUUCACCAAAGGUUAAUAUUAUCAUCAGAGCUAUGUUGGAGAAAUCAUACCCUCAAAGACUAGAAGAGAGAAUAAAGGAAGUAGACACCGACAAAAAUCAUCGUAUAAUCUCAACGUUUGACAGUAUGAAUAGUUCUGUAACAGACCAAGAAACAAUGCAAUUGUUACAAAAUGGCGUCCAAGCCAAUCGAGAUGACAUCGAAAAUAAUGGCCAGCCUAGAUGGAAACACUUUUCGUCUGGUAUUACGUUGGGUGCGCUGGUCAUCUGUAUCCUGGCCUAUACUUUGAAUAUAGGUCCGAAGGUGCAGAUCAACACACCAGUGAAAGAAUGGAAUACUGAUGACGUAGUCACGUGGAUGGGUCAGCUUGGUACAUGGACUGACCGUUACUCUGAUAGCAUCAGAAAUAAUGGCAUAGAUGGCAAAAGGUUGAUGAUGCUGGAGGAUUCUGAUGUCAUAGCAACACUUCACAUGACCGAUAAACUACAUAGAAAAGUGUUUCUCCGUGAAGUAGCCAUACUGGUGACUACUGGAACAAAACGGCCAGUAAAUUUCUGGGAGUACAAAUCCAUGUUUCCAUUUUACACAUUAUUAUUGCUGUUUGGAUUUAAACUCUCACCCCGGAUUACCAUUGGAUACCUCUACUUGUUUGAGUAUAACACAGUUUACACCCGGUUCAUGAUGGGUGGUUUUUCCAAAUCUCCCCUCUAUGGAAUGGAGGAAGUAGAUAAUGCCUUUUCCAGGAUGUUCUACACAGUGUUGCUGCCCUAUAGAUUGGUUGGAACAUACGCACAUACGUGGUCAACUGUUCACUACUUUAUCAGCAAAUACAUACUUCUCGUCUGUUACAUGGCAACCGUGCAUGACAUCACGUGGUUCUACUUACUAAUUAGGAAAAGGUUCACCAGAACAGAUCUACGGGAUUUUCUCCGCCAUUACCGGAAUGCGAUGCUAUGGUUUGCGCUGUCGUCGUUUCUUCCGUGGUUUUUUUAUGAGUUUGUCUUCUAUUACAAUGCUCUGUAUCUUAUUGUAGAUUACACAAGAGGUACUUAUUUAUCAUGGAGUAAGCUCAAUUGGAUUUAGGGGAUGUCAGGGUACUCAUCAUGAGUAAAUGGAGAGUAUCUAUACUAUUACCACACUCAAACGGUUUCAGGUUCUAUUUGUGUCUUUUAAAUUUAAACAGGAUAAAUAAUUUAUGGCAUCCCGUAAAAAAUUAUCUGGUGUUUUCCAACUAUUUUGUAUCGAGCUUUCGGUAUUGUAAGCGAUGAUUUCAAGGGUGCCGGAAUUUUACUUGUUGGUGAAAAUUAGAUAUAUUUCUAUAGUGUGGUUAUAUAUAUAUAUUUACAUUUACGAUUCAUAUAUCAGAAGAACAUGUAUUGUUUAUUGGGAAUGUUGAACUGGUUGAUGUGAACAGAUGGCAAAUACACCGGUUAAUCGGAAAGUUACAAAUAUUUGAUUUUGAAUCAACAAACAAGCACACGUCUCACAAUUCAAUCGAGUACAUCCACUACACACACUGUGAUACCCAGUAAUGAUAUCUUGGUUUAUAAAGUCCUCUCAUGGUUUCUAGUAAGUUAUGUACGGAUGCCUGUAAUUGUGAGUAAAUAAAUGCUAACAAUACAUUAGCAUCUUUACAAAUAUUCCUAGCGAUUUUUAAAAUUAAUUGUAAUCUGGUAUAAAGUUCUACUCUAUGUGAUAAUCAUAAUAUACUGCGGCAAGCACACGUAAACCGAACACUCUGGUGCUAAUUUCUACAAUUACUGUACUUCUACAACGUGGACAUUAAUAAAUGUAUACUUCCAGAACCUUACCUGCAUGCAUUGUUAUUUGUCGACAUAUGUACAUUGCUAAAUUUAUAUCAUAUGCCCACCAGAGUCUGACCAAAGAAAAAUUCCUCCCUUACAUUUUAGACUUGUCCACAUGUUGCCACCACAAUAUGCGAGUUGUUUAAACCUCUCUUACAUCGGGCGGAAAUGCUUAACACUUAGACCAGGGUCGGAUUAUCAUUUGUUGACGAUGAUAAGGGUCGGAUCAUCUGUUGGUGGUGGCCAGGGUCGGAUUAUCUGUUGGUGGUGGCCAGGGUCGGAUCAUCUGUUGGUGGUGGCCAUGGUCGGACCAUCUGUUGGUGGUUAUUAGGGUCGGAUCAUUUUCGGAGGUGACCAUGGUCGGAUCAUCUGUCGGCAGUGUCGGGAUUUGACACAUAUGUUGGUGAUGGCCAAGGUAGGAUCAUUUGUUUGCAGGGGCCAUGGUCGGAACAUUUUCGGCGAUGACCAUGGUCGGAUCAUCUGUUGACAAUGACAAGGUUUGGAUCAUCAUUUGGCUGUGGCCAUUGCCGGAUCAUCUGUUGACAAUGACCAUGGUUGGAUCAUCAUUUAUUGACGAUGACCAUGGUCAAAUCAUCAUUUAUUGACGAUGACCAUGGUCAGAUCAUCAUUUGUUGACGAUGAUAAUGGUGGCUCUCAUACAUAUGUUGGCACGAUUCACGUUGCACCAAGUGUAGAUAUUGAUAGCGCUAUUAAAUACUGUCGCUCGAUCAAAAUCA